CUAAGUUUUGUAUGGCACUUGCAAGUUGAGUAGUCAAAACAUGAACUGAGAAAUUAAUUGUCAAUGAAUACCCAAUCAAAUUGUCCAACGCAAAUUUAGUAACCAGUUGUCGCCGUUUUUCCAUCUCACGUUUCCAAACUAUAACAACAAGUGUGCGUGUGUGUGUGCUUUUUUCAAUUAUAAUAAUAUUGGGACGGAGAGUGAGAUACGAAAUGUUUAGAUCAUCAAUCAUUAUCUAAACAAUCUUUUCUUGAAUCAAUCUGCCUGCCUGCGUGACAUGAUGAAGUCACAAACUUUUUUUGGGAUUUCUCUUUCUCUUAUUAUCAUUAACUUGGCUGCUAUAGUGGAGCGAGCCGAUGAAAAUCUUCUUCCAUCUGUGUAUAAAGAAUUGAGUGAAGCAUUCAAUGCUGGACCAUCUGAUUUAGGCUACCUAAUGUUUAUGAGAAACUUCGUUCGAGGGUUGGCAUCUCCAUUGGCUGGAAUAUUGGUUUUAACUUAUGAUCGUCCUACUGUGCUUGCGAUGGGCACGCUUUGUUGGGCGUUAUCAACAGGUAUUAUGGGUGGCAGUCAAUAUUUCAGUCAGGUUGCUUUUUGGCAGGGUGUAAAUGGAUUUGGUUUGGCGAUUGUGAUACCUUCACUCCAGUCAUUUAUAGCUGAUAGCUACAGCGAUAGUGUGAGGGGGACGGGGUUUGGGCUAUUGAGUCUUGUUGGAAAGGUGGGCGGUAUAGGUGGUGGUGCGCUUGCUACAGUUAUGGCUGGUCAUGAGUUUUGGGGGGUACCUGGAUGGCGUUGUGCAUUCAUUUUGAUUUCUGCAUCAAGUUGCCUAAUUGGGUGUCUUGUAUUCAUGUUCGUCAUUGAUCCUAAAAGAAAUGAACUCUUGGACCGGACUUCUGAAGCUGGUUCAAUAUGGGCCGAGUCGUGGAUAGCCAUGAAAGGUGUGAUGAAAGUCAAGACGUUUCAGAUCAUCGUAUUGCAGGGUCUUGUUGGUUCACUCCCAUGGACUGCCAUGGUAUUUUUCACUCUGUGGUUCCAACUAAUUGGCUUUGAUCACCAAAAGGUUGCAAUACUUUUCGGCCUUUUUGGGAUGGGCUGUUCUUUUGGAUCCCUGGUGGGGGGGAUCAUAGCAGAUCGGAUGUCUCAAAAAUACCCUCAUUCUGGUCGAAUAAUGUGCGCACAAUUUAGUGCAAUCAUGGGGAUCCCAUACACAUGGCUUCUACUACGGAUAAUCCCACAAUCAGUAGACAACUACCACAUUUUUGCGGUCACACUUUUCCUAAUGGGCCUGACAAUAAGCUGGAACGGGACGGCAUGUAACGCGCCAAUGUUCGCAGAAGUAGUUCCUGCCAAACACCGGACCAUGAUCUAUGCAUUUGAUCGUGCAAUGGAAGGCUCCUUUUCGUCCUUUGCUGCACCAAUUGUUGGGAUCCUAGCGGAGAAAGUUUAUGGGUAUGACACCAAAUCAGUGAACCCAACAGCAGGGUCCACAAGAGAAGCAUUAGCAUUGUCCAAAGCACUUUUCUCAAUGAUGGCGAUUCCAUUUGGAAUGUGUUGCUUGUUCUAUACUCCACUGUAUCGGGUUUUUAAGCAUGAUCGAGACAGUGUGCGACUGGCUACUCAAAAAGAAGAAGAAAUGAUUUGAUUAACCAUUCUAGUUAAACUGUAUGUUACACUAGUGAGUCUACUAAAACUGUAACGAUGUAACAUGAACAUUGAAAAUGGCCAAUUACAUUUAGAUGAGAACAAUUUGUAAUACCUCAUGAUCAAGUUUCAUAGUAAGGCUCUCAGAAGUUAAAUUA